UUUCGUUAAAUUUUAUCCAAAAUAAAAUGGAUGAGAUUGGUUCAAUAAUUUCGAAUAGAGAACAAAUCCGUACAAAAGAACCGGGUUUUCUUGUCAAAACUCAUUGUAAACGUGAUAAAGUUAAAUUCUUUAUAAAUGUUUGUCAUUCAUUUGCUAUAUCAGCACCAACCAUACAGUUGGAUGAAAAGGAUCUUCAUGAUUUGAUUGCUCAAGAGAAUUAUGAUGAAUUAUCAAAAUUUACCAUACCUUUGGUGUUGGAACGUUUGGAUACGACUAAGGAUAAGAAAAAUGAAAUGGCCAAAAUGACACAUGUCAUCAUUAAUAGUCGAUUCUAUGAGCAAAAAAUUCAAUUAUCGGAAAUUUAUAAAAAUUAUCUUGUCUACAUCGUAAUCGAUACAGUCAAUGCUAAAUUCAAUGUCAAUUUGGACAAUACCGAAUUUGUUAUAUUGAAAAAUCGGAAAUUUCAACUUGCUGAUACGAAACAUGAAUUUUCAAAAUUCAUCGAUUCCUUCAUACCUCCUAAUAUAUUGAAUCGACCACAAAUUGGCUCUAAUGAUUUACCGACACGAUUGGAUGAAACAUUGGCUAUUGAUUCGAACCAAACUUCGAAGAUGGAGCUUAUUGCCGAUGAUGAUGAUGAUGAUUAUGAAAAACUAAUGAAAAAUCUAAUCAUUACACUCGAUAUAGCUAAAGAAAUCAUCAAAAUCAAGAUAAAACUUGAGCAUUUUGGAAUUCGAUUAAAAAUGAACGAUGAUCAUGUUAUCAUAUUCGAUUCUAUGGAAAAUAAAAUACUUCGAGAAUUUUAUCUACCAAUACGAGUAAAGCCAACAGAAGCCAAAGCUUCUAUUGUAUCAUCAAUUCUAACGAUCGAAUGUCCUGUAAUUUUAUUGUGAUAAUUUUUGAAUUUUAUUAUUCAAAAAAAAAAUUAAAUAUUACCAUUCAUAUAGGAUAGGAUGAAAUGUA